UCUCCCCACUGCUCCCGCUACAGUGUGUCUCUGUUGUAGCCAAAGUAGCUUCUGAACCGAUCCACCGCAGUGCCUGGGACGUAUUGAGUGAAAUAGAGAGUGAGCGAUUUAGAGGAUGGGUAAGGGGGCUUAAGGGUAAACACACAGGAGAGAGAGAGGGAGAGAGAAAGGGGGAGGGAGGCAGGGAGGAAAUAGAGAGAGAGACCCCCCCCCAAAAAAAAUAUCCACCAAGCCUUUCCCGGUGUGAGGCUUCUUGUCUACUGACGAGUGCGCACGGCAGGAUGAGUUCGUGCAGCAGCCGUGCGUUGACCAUCCUGUCCACAGUGUUCGGAGCCUGCGGGCUGCUGCUGGUGGGGGUGGCCGUGUCCACAGACUACUGGCUCAUCAUGGUGGAGGGCAUCAUCCUGCAGCAGAACCAGAGCAUGGAGGUGAAGAUGGCGCUGCACUCGGGCCUCUGGAGAGUUUGCUUCGUGGCUGGAGCAGAAAAUGGGAGAUGUGUAGCAUCAGAGUAUUUCACCGAACCCGACAUAGAGAUCACCACUGAAAACACAGCAAAUAUCCUCAAGAUGGUGCGCACAGCGACACCCUUUCCGAUGGUGUCGCUGCUCUUCGUCUUCACAGCCUUCGUCAUCAGUAACAUCGGACACAUCCGACCCCAGCGCACCAUCCUGGCCUUUGUGUCCGGCAUCUUCUUCAUCCUCUCAGGCCUGAGUCUGGUGGUGGGCCUGGUGCUCUACAUCUCCAGCAUUAACGACGAGGUGAUGAACCGGCCCAGGGAGCCCGAGCAGUUCUUCAACUACUACUACGGCUGGUCCUUCGCCUUCGCUGCCUCCUCCUUCUUGCUCAAAGAGGGGGCCGGGGUGCUGUCAGUCUAUCUGUUUAUGAAGCGUUACGCUGAGGAGGAGAUGUACCGCCCCCACCCUGCUCUUUACCACCCCCGCCUGUCCGACAGCAGCGACUACAGCGGCCAGUUCCUCCACCCGGAGUCCUCCUGGCCCCCGCCAAAGCGUGGUCGCAGCACCUCUGAGGCCUCCAGCGACAUCUCCAUCCAGCUCAACCAGGCGCCGCCAGUUCCGACCAAAAGUAACCAUCAAGGAGGCGCCCAGGGAAGCCCACCCUCUGGUUCUUCUUCUGCAGGGAGCUACCAAAUGCCCCCUCAGUCAGCUGGAUACCCCUCCACACACACGCUGCCCAGAUCCCACUCCUCACAUCCCCAAGGCCAGGCUCUUCCCAUGCCCCCGUCGCCUGUACCUCCUCCUCACUAUCACACACACAUGCAAAUGAGCGCCUCCCCCUGUUAGGGAGAAAUGUGGAGGUAAGGAGAGACAUAGACUCCCCAUAAUCAUGUAGACUGUUCAUUUAGAAAUGUGAAUGUGACUAAACACUGAGUUUGGAUUGCAGAUAAUGUGAGGUGAAGUGGGGAAAAAAAAAUAUCCGUAGAACCGUAUUAAGACCAAAUUUCAGAAUUUGAAGAGGAAGAUUUUACAUCAGUGCAGUGAUUUUACAGAAAGGGACGAUGAAGAAAUCGAGGAACUCUGUGUUUCAUGAAGGAAAGAGAGACAAAAGACUUUAGAGGUUAGGUUGAGUGACAGAGAAUAUACAGGGGAGGCAGAGUGAGGCAGGGGGAGAGCGAGGAGCUGCAGUAUAAGACCAAGAUACUGCAGUGCUGCGGGAAAUUUGUAUGCGCUUGGAAAUUUACAGUGUAAAACACUGAUCACAAAGACUGAGGAUGCACAUGAUUUUAUACAUACAUGCAAAGGUAAAUGGACGACGCACCUUUUUUCUAAAAGGUAAAUGAAAUUAAAUAUAUUCACGUCUUCUCUUUCUUACAUCAUCAAUCCAGUUUCAUAACUCACAAUGUCAAUGUAGUAUUAUAAUAUUAUGACUUGAAAGUAUUAGUUACAACUUAGAGUAAUUCUGAAAUGAGAACACACUGUGCGUGGGUGUUGUUAGCAUUUGUGAAACAAAACACACACAAGUGGACGAUGUUCUGAAAUAUCAUUGGGACAAAUCAACUUUAUGUUUCACAUAUUUCUUUAAGAUACAAAUUUCUAACUUAUUGAAUAUAGAAUGGGGGGCACAUGAGGACUCCCACACAGCUGUUGUAGUAAACAUCAGGAUAAUAUCUGACUCGUUCUGCUUUGGAUGAAGACUCCGACAACGACAACUGACAUCACACGACACACGCCAAGCUGGUUUGAAGGAAGAACCACUCACCCCUGGUGCAAGGGUCUGAUGCCCUCUACUGGCUACUGUACUGCACUGACCCUGGCCCAUCCUUAGGUCAAGUUCACUACGAAAGGUGUCGUCUAUCCAGACGUGGAGUUGCACUGAUUGUCAAGGGCAAUGAGAGAUGACAGAGAGUUUAACAGAGUAGUUCAAAAUAUUUUCAAACUUCCAAUGCUCUGUAUAUAUCUGAAAAACAAAGGUGAUGAAAGUAUAAGUUACAUUUGCACUUACUGCUCAAGUGACGAUACCACUGUUUGUGAAAUGCAGGUCCACCAGUUUCAGACAAAGAUGAGGCCACUUCUUUAUUACAACAUGUGUUUUUAUAGGGUAUGUUUUGAUGAACAUGUGAUCCUGAGCCAUCUUGUGUUUGGGGCUGCAGGUAUUGGUGAUCUUCAUCAAGGGCUUAUCUACUGAUUACUUCCUUGAUUUAUUUUUGUGUUGGCAACCCUUCCCCUAUUGCACAUUUAUAACCAAAAUAUUAGCAUUUAAUAAAUAGCUUAUAACACACCAUAAUGUAGCUAUAUGCAGUGCUUCGUUUAUUUGUCAACACCUGUAACUCCUCCUGUUGGCACCCAUAGGAUGAGGCCGGUGUACUAACAGAUAAGGAAUGACAAUACAAAAAGUACAGUUUUAUCAGAGUUAUAUCUGCCUACUUAACAUUGCAGUGUGUUAGAAACCAUGAAUUACAUGUUUUUAUGCUGCGUAUUAAUAAGAGGGGCCUGAAGUGAAAUUAAUUUUGAAAUGAAAUGUCACAAAAAGUGAAAAAUUGCUUAAAUAAUUAAUUGUUUAAUUCAAUUUUCUGUGAAUUUUCUUAAUUUGUUGUUCAACCUUUGAAUGCAUGACUAUUUGCUGAAAAGAUUAAGUGGUUCUUCCAUGUAUUAACUGUUGGUAUGGUAGCAUUUCCUUCAUACACCACAAGGUAGCAGCCUAUAUCAUAGGACACUGCAGGAUGUUUUGUACCAGCUUUGACAUGUCAUGAAUGCAUUUUAGCCAAAUGGGGCCAUAUGCUGGUGUUUUGUUGUACGUACUGUAAAUUUUCAGAUGCUCUUGAAGAUUGCGGUAAUGCUGUGGUUAAACUGCUCAAAAUACUUUACAGUGUUUCAAAGGUAUAGAACAAUACAAAUCUUGAACUCUUCUAGAAGACGGACCUGCAUGUCAAAAACUGUGGUAUUUCGAUUUACAAUAUUUAUAUUUUGUUUGUUUUUAAGGCACAUCAUGCAAAGGAAAAUGUGGACACUAAAUGUCUCCGUUGUGAGAAUUAAACCACAGUGUCAUUGUGUAAUGGCUGGUUUUCAUUAUCACUGUGAUGCUUGAGAGAGGGAAACACACUGAUGUCCAACAGAUGAUGUGUGGAGCGGAAAUUGUAAGGACUUAAAAAGGGGAAAAUGUAAAGACCACUCUUUGAAAUAUCAUCUUUUUUAAUUUUUGUUAAUCAUGACCGUGUUUUGUUUUUGCAGUUGCACAAAUCCAUGCUGAGGUGAAGCCCAGUGUAGCUGCAGCCUUCUGCUGUUGCAGUUAGGGGGUUAAAGUGCCUUGCUCAAGGGCACCUCAGCCGUAGCUGUUGAAGAAGAGCAAAGUUUUCCCCUUUCCAGAUCUUUCCAGCCAUUAUUAUUAAACCUUAUGGUUAAAAGUUCUCCUCUACAACCUUUAGACCGCUGCUGACCUUUCUGACUGUGGUCAGCUGAGCAGUUCUUUUGAUUUGUGCUUUUACACGUCACUUCCCUUUUUUAUGUUAAGACCCAAUGCUCAUUUGGUGUCGGUUAAACUGCAGCAGUUCUUUUCUUUUUCAUCUCUGUUCCUCUUUGUUUUUCCCUCUCAGCCCCCAGCCUUUUUCUUUACCUCCAUGCGAUUAUAUAAAAAGGGUGUAGCUGUGCUUAGUUCUGCAGAAAGCCUCAUCUUUUUGCACAUGAUCAUCUUUGUAAAGAAAAAAAUGGGGGGAAACAAAUUUAACGCUUCAAUGCUGUACAAUCUGGGGUUAGGCUACGUAAUUCAGUAGAAAUUGUAAUAAGAUCACUGUUCUUGGAAGUUUUGACACUUCCCUCACUUUCCUCUGAUAUGAAUUAUUAAACUUUAUCAUGAAUUAA